AUGCAGACUCACGAGCAGAUGAGCUGUCAACGUGCUGCGCCUCACAGUGGCGCCCACUGAGCCUUGUCGGGAACAAAGCAACUCUUCCCAAGGCAACAACUAUCGGAUGCAUCGCUAGAAUCCUUUGGAGGUCCUCUACAAUUCCCUAACAUCACAUUCCAACCAUGGCGCCGUCCCAUCGUACGGCAUGAUGAAACUUCAAAGACUCCAGAAAUACACCUACGAGCCAGCCCUGCUAGAUGGGCACAUACGGCUCCUCAAGGUCCGUAACGCAUCCAAUGAAGAUGUCCUCGAGCUCGACCUCGUCCAGCAGCACUUAUCUGAGGCAACAUACGAGGCACUUUCCUAUGCCUGGGGCGACACGUCAGACAAAGAGCAAGUUCUCUGCAAUGGACUGGUCCUUGACAUUGGCAGAAACCUUCAUGCUGCGCUCUGUGAGCGGCGCAGACGUGAUGUCACGACCUGGCUUUGGGCUGAUGCAAUCUGCAUUAACCAGACGGAUGACGAUGAGAAGACUCGGCAGGUGCGCGUCAUGCGUGAAAUCUACGCCGGUGCUAAGAAGGUCAUCAUAUGGUUGGGCACUGGAAGCCUCUCCGAUGCGGCGGCCUAUGUCCUAGCAGAGCACUUGUUUUAUAAAUGCCGAGUUAGCACUAAGACUACCAAGCGUCAUGGAUAUGCAUAUGAGGAUUUUGAUUUUCGUUUGCAUGGUGUUGUUCCACCAUUUGGGAGUGCUCGUGGCAAUAGCGCGUGGAUAGCUCUGUUUCACAUCAUGCGAAGUCCCUGGUUCAGUCGAAUCUGGGUCCUUCAGGAGCUGUUUGUUGCAAAAGAAUCCACCAUGUGGAAAGGCACUCUGGAGUUCGACCCUGAAAUCAUCCUGUGGACAGCUAGUCUGAUAGGCUUGCAUCGUAAUUUGGCCAAUGCUUUCAAUACGCUCCUUGGAUGUCCCGAGACGUCACAAUUAUAUGCACAGAAUAUUUCGCUUUCCUUUGGAAGAUUCAAGAGCAAGGGACCGCUGCCGAUAUACGAAAUGCUUUCCCAUCAUGCAGAUAUGCAAGCAACAGAUCCCCGAGACCGUUUCUUUGCACUUGUCGGCAUAUCAUCUGGAUUAGAUCCGUGUUUCAUUGACUAUGACAUACCGCUGAGCGAAAUUGCGAGUCUCGUCGGCAAGAUGGCUAUGCUUGGAAUGCCUGGUUAUCAAUUCAGCGAGUCGCUCAAUGGACUAGAAUGGCUUCACUUCUCUGGUGACGCGGAUGAUCAUCGGUUUCAGCUUGAAUGGUUGUCGGCCAUCUCGAAUCCAAAUGGAAGGACAUACGGUGUCCCAUCAUGGCUGCCGGACUUCAUCACGGUCCCUAAAAUGGGCGCUCCAAUACAAUACCUGUAUCGCACUCGGUUUACUGGUAACGCCAAGUUCGAGCAUGGACCACACUUGAGGCUUAGGUUUCCCAGUGGUGAGACUGUAGAUUGCAUCGGAGCUAUCCACUAUUCAACAAGAUUCAAAAUGCAGAUUCCAGAGAAUGUAGAUUUUCGCGGGUGCAUCUUUGACACAAUACGUACAAUUGCUCGGCCUAGGCCUCGCGACUCAAGCACAUCCUAUUUCACCGGUGUAUACACCGGAGAGACACCAUUUGACAUCUUUCGUACUCAUCAUGAGGUAGCAAAAUUUCAGGCAUCUCUCCUUGAAUGGCUUACAGAGAUACGCCUCCUCGCAGACCCAUCCUUAUCCCCCACCUCGCACUUCGAUGCCGGCGAUAGCUUCGACGCAUUCUGGCGCACUCUCAUUUAUAACCGCGGGCCACGGUACUCCAGCAAACCAAACGACAAACCAGUCUCACCCGAAGUCGCCACGAUAUUCCUAUGGUGGACUAUGCUGCGUAAAUGGAUGGUUAAAACGCAGAACACGCGUUCGUUGAGGGAUAUCGCCGUGUACAAGAUGCUUUCUGACCUAAGCCGUCCUUUCGAAGUUAUCGAGAAUGUGAUGCGUGACGCACGGAAUUUUUUUGUGUCGCGCCACGGUCGAAUUGGCUGGGUACCAUUCCGCGCACAGCAAGGUGAUAGUAUAUGUAUUUUUAAGGGUUGCAGAACACCAUUUGUGCUGGGGGCGAGGAAUGAAGGCUGGGAGAUUAUCGGGGCAGCCUAUGUGCACGGCUGUAUGGACGGCGAAAUGUGGUCGUUGGGAGAUGAAGAGUGGGAGUGGAUGAGCUUUGUGUGAGAAGGUUUCCUGAUCUUUUGUAAGAAUCCGGAUCAUACAUGGUAAAACCUUCUAUUUUCCUCUCUCUUCUUGUGGUACUAACAUGGUUUCCAAUUUUUGUCUGUGGCCUUAGUCUAUUAGACUAUCUACGCGUGUUUUAGUCAUUAGUCUUAGUUUUAUCCGAAAUACCCCUGCGAACCUUAUAUUGUCAUUCUAGUAUGCGGGUAGUACAA